AUGCUACCCAGGCGGAGGAGGGAAGAGACAGGCGACGACGACACCUGUCCCCGCCGCCGGGCAUUUACAGAUUUCUACUUUGGGGGUGUGGUGGGACGGCUCAGUUCCUGCCUGGGCUCCAUCUGCCUCAAAGUCAAGGAUGGCGGCAAUGCCCACCUGCUAGCGAUUCGGGCGCCCCGUGGUCCAGGCGGCCCCGCCCCGCCCUCCCGCGCUCCCCGCGCUCUCCUCUGGAGCGCCGCGGAGCUGUCCAGCUUUUCAGUGCCGGAGCCGGCCGCCUGCCGCGCGCACCGCACCGCCUCCGCGCCAGGUCUUUGCGCCGCUCGCCCGCCCCGCGCCCGGCCGGCCCCGCCCCGCCCCGCCCCGCCGCGGCCCGUCCACUGCUCCCCGCGGGCCGAAGCCGGCCAAGCGGCUGCCCGCCGGGGCUCUGAACGGCGCGGCGGGGCCGGGAGCCAGGGACCCGCCGAGGAGAGCGGCGGCCCCGAACGGCUGCCAGAGGGGCGGCCGCGCGUGGAUGCGGCGGGAGCCGGAAGCCUCGAGCAUCCGGCGCCGUCUCUGCCCCUGGGCGCCCUAUGGCUUGAAGGUAAGCGCCGACAGGGUGCAGGACAGGCUGCCCGGGCCCAGGCAGGGUCAGUGGGAGAGGAGGAAGGAGUUCGAAGGGCGGCGCGGCUGGGACCAGAAGUUUGUCCGGACACUCUUGCGCUCGUCUGCCCGGGGACCGCCCUGCCCUGCUCUUCCCGGACUCUCCGUCGGGCCGCUUCCCCGGGGACGAAGGUGAACAUCGGCGGCUGUCCUCUCUCCCACCCUCUGGGCAUCCUUCGCACCGCCGGCGUGCGAAUCCUCGCUCCGGACACGGGCGGGCAGUGCUAUGCAGCCUCCGGCAGAGCGCCGAGAGCGAAACCCGCGGAGCCGGGGCUUCGCAGGGCGGCCGGCUCCCGGACCAUCUCGGGAGGGCACUUUUCGCCCGGCACCCAAGCCGGGAGCCCCCCGUGCGCGCGGCCAGAGUUCCGAUCGCCCUGGAGGGAAAAGGGUUGUUCUUGGCAACUCUACAUUUGUGCGACCUGA